AAAAGGGCCAGCCUUCCAGCUGGCCCACUCCCCCUCCGGGCUUUUGCCCGCCCUCUCUCCCGCCCAGUUUUGCCCGCCCUGGCCCUGCCCCUGCCCCCUCCUCUCAGCCCCUCCGCGCCCGGGGUGUCAUUGGGCCCGGUAGACCGGAGCCAACUUCAGGCUGCUCGGAGGAAGCCCGUGCAGUCAGUCACCUGGGUGCAAGAGCGUUGCUGCCUCGGGCUCUCCCGCUGCAGGGAGAGCGGCACUCGCUGGCCUGGAUGUGGUUGGAUUUAGGGGGGCUCCGCAGCAGGGGUUUCGUGGCGGUGGCAAGCGCUGCAACAGGUAGACGGCGAGAGACGGACCCCGGCCGAGGCAGCUAUGGAGACCAAAGGCUACCACAGUCUCCCUGAAGGUCUAGAUAUGGAAAGACGGUGGGGUCAAGUUUCUCAGGCUGUGGAGCAUUCUUCCCUGGGAUCUACAGAGAGGACCGAUGAGAAUAACUACAUGGAGAUUGUCAACGUAAGCUGUGUUUCCGGUGCUAUUCCAAACAACAGUACUCAAGGAAGCAGCAAAGAAAAACACGAACUACUCCCUUGCCUUCAGCAAGACAAUAAUCGGCCUGGGAUUUUAACAUCUGAUAUUAAAACUGAGCUGGAAUCUAAGGAACUUUCAGCAACUGUAGCUGAGUCCAUGGGUUUAUAUAUGGAUUCUGUAAGAGAUGCUGACUACUAUGAACAGCAGAACCAACAAAGAAGCAUGAGUCCGGCUAAGAUUUAUCAAAAUGUUGAACAGCUGGUGAAAUUUUACAAAGAAAAUGGCCAUCGUCCUUCCACUCUAAGUUGUGUGAACAGGCCCUUGAGAUCAUUUAUGUCUGACUCUGUGAGCUCCGUGAAUGGUGGCGUCAUGCGCGCCAUUGUUAAAAGCCCUAUCAUGUGUCAUGAGAAAAGCCCGUCUGUUUGCAGCCCUCUGAACAUGACAUCUUCGGUUUGCAGUCCUGCUGGAAUCAACUCUGUGUCCUCCACCACAGCCAGCUUUGGCAGUUUUCCAGUGCACAGCCCCAUCACCCAGGGAACUCCUCUGACAUGCUCCCCUAAUGUUGAAAACCGAGGGUCCAGGUCGCACAGCCCAGCACAUGCUAGCAACGUGGGCUCUCCUCUCUCGAGUCCAUUAAGUAGCAUGAAAUCCUCAAUUUCCAGCCCUCCAAGUCACUGCAGUGUAAAAUCUCCGGUCUCCAGUCCCAAUAACGUCACUCUGAGAUCCUCUGUUUCUAGCCCUGCAAAUAUCAACAACUCAAGGUGCUCCGUUUCCAGCCCUUCCAACACUAAUAACAGAUCCACGCUUUCCAGUCCGGCAGCCAGUACUGUGGGAUCUAUCUGUAGCCCUGUAAACAAUGCCUUCAGCUACACUGCUUCUGGCACCUCUGCGGGAUCCAGCACGUCGCGGGAUGUGGUUCCCAGUCCAGACACACAGGAGAAAGGUGCUCAAGAAGUCCCUUUUCCUAAGACUGAGGAAGUAGAGAGCGCCAUCUCAAAUGGUGUGACUGGCCAGCUUAAUAUUGUCCAGUACAUAAAACCAGAACCAGAUGGAGCUUUUAGCAGCUCAUGUCUAGGAGGAAAUAGCAAAAUAAAUUCGGAUUCUCCAUUCUCAGUACCAAUAAAGCAAGAAUCAACCAAGCAUUCAUGUUCAGGCACCUCUUUUAAAGGGAAUCCAACAGUAAACCCAUUUCCAUUUAUGGAUGGCUCAUAUUUUUCCUUUAUGGAUGAUAAAGACUAUUAUUCCCUAUCAGGAAUUCUAGGACCACCUGUGCCUGGCUUUGAUGGUAACUGUGAAGGCAGUGGAUUCCCAGUGGGUAUUAAACAAGAACCAGAUGACGGGAGCUAUUACCCAGAGGCCAGCAUACCGUCAUCAGCCAUUGUUGGGGUGAAUUCAGGUGGACAGUCCUUCCACUACAGGAUUGGUGCUCAAGGUACAAUAUCUUUAUCACGAUCAGCUAGAGACCAAUCUUUCCAACACCUGAGUUCCUUUCCUCCUGUCAAUACUUUAGUGGAGUCAUGGAAAUCACACGGUGACCUGUCAUCUAGAAGAAGUGAUGGAUAUCCGGUCUUAGAAUACAUUCCAGAAAAUGUAUCAAGCUCUACUUUACGAAGUGUUUCUACUGGAUCUUCAAGACCUUCAAAAAUAUGUUUGGUGUGUGGGGAUGAGGCUUCAGGAUGUCAUUAUGGGGUAGUCACCUGUGGCAGCUGCAAAGUUUUCUUCAAAAGAGCAGUGGAAGGGCAACACAACUAUUUAUGUGCUGGAAGAAAUGAUUGCAUCAUUGAUAAGAUUCGACGAAAGAAUUGUCCUGCUUGCAGACUUCAGAAAUGUCUUCAAGCUGGAAUGAAUUUAGGAGCACGAAAGUCAAAGAAGUUGGGAAAGUUAAAAGGUAUUCACGAGGAGCAGCCACAACAGCAGCCCCCACCCCCGCCCCCACCCCCGCAAAGCCCAGAGGAAGGGACGACGUACAUCGCACCUGCAAAAGAGCCCUCCGUCAACACAGCGCUGGUUCCUCAGCUCUCCGCAAUCUCACGAGCACUCACGCCUUCCCCCGCUAUGGUCCUUGAAAACAUUGAACCCGAAGUUGUGUAUGCAGGCUAUGACAACUCAAAACCAGACACAGCCGAAAAUCUGCUCUCCACGCUCAACCGCUUAGCAGGCAAACAGAUGAUCCAAGUCGUGAAGUGGGCAAAGGUACUUCCAGGAUUUAAAAACUUGCCUCUUGAGGACCAAAUUACCCUAAUCCAGUAUUCUUGGAUGUGUCUAUCAUCAUUUGCCUUGAGCUGGAGAUCGUACAAACAUACGAACAGCCAAUUUCUCUAUUUUGCACCAGACCUAGUCUUUAAUGAAGAGAAGAUGCAUCAGUCUGCCAUGUAUGAACUAUGCCAGGGGAUGCACCAAAUCAGCCUUCAGUUCAUUCGCCUGCAGCUUACCUUUGAAGAAUACACCAUCAUGAAAGUUCUGCUGCUACUGAGCACAGUUCCAAAGGAUGGCCUCAAAAGCCAGGCUGCAUUUGAAGAAAUGAGAACAAAUUACAUCAAAGAACUGAGGAAGAUGGUAACUAAGUGUCCCAACAAUUCUGGGCAGAGCUGGCAGAGGUUCUACCAACUGACCAAGCUGCUGGACUCCAUGCAUGACCUGGUGAACGACCUGCUGGAAUUCUGCUUCUACACCUUCCGAGAAUCCCAGGCGCUGAAGGUGGAGUUCCCGGCCAUGCUGGUGGAGAUCAUCAGCGACCAGCUGCCCAAGGUGGAGUCGGGGAACGCCAAGCCGCUCUACUUCCACCGGAAGUGACCGCCCGCGCCCCGCCCUGCCCCGGAAGAACUUUGCCUUAAGUUCCCUGUCUUGUUCCACACCCACGAAGGACCCCAGAAAUCAUGUUUUUAACAUGUGAUGAUGGUUGAUUCACACUUGAACAGUUUCUCAAGUUUAAAAUCAUGUCAGGGGGUUGGAGCCAGGAAAGCUGUUUUUUUUCCAUGGAUUUGGCGAGACCAGAGUGGUCUGAGGAUUUCCCCCUCUCCAAUCCCCCAGCGCUUAGAAACAUGUUCCUGUUCCUCGGGAUGAAAAGCCAUAUCUAGUCAAUAACUCUGAUUUUGAUAUUUUCACAGAUGGAAGUUUUAACUAUGCCAUGUAGUUUCUGGUAUCGUUCGCUUGUUUUAAAAGGGUUCAAGGACUAAUGAACUUUUUAAAGCUUACCCUUGGUUUGCACAUAAAACGUAUAGUCAAUAUGGGGCAUUAAUAUUCUUUUGUUAUUUAAAAAAAACACAAAAAAUAAAAAAUAUAUACAGAU